AGGUUUGAAGUUGUUGCAUGGCAAGAGUUGGCAAAGUAACCCCCGUAGGUGGGCUUUGCGGCUGUGCCAAUUUACAGACCGCCAAUCCGUUCAUCCUGAUCAUGCAGGUUUUUGCCCGCAUCAUCACCGACCUGCUCGUGUCUGCCUUUCUGACAGCCUCGUCUGCCACUCCGGGAAACUUCGGGCCUGCUGGCAACGGAAGUGAACCUUGCGUUUCCCUCCUGCCUGUCACCCGUGCUGCAGGACCUUCAGCAGCGCCCCCAAUCCCGCUGUGGAUCAUCGAAAGGAAUCUAGCUGCCCUAUCGCCGUCGACAACAUCCUAUGCGCAGACUAUAAAGCAGCAACCACCGUCCACCGCGCCCUGUGGGCUUCGCAGCUGUGCCAAUUCACAGACCGCUAAUCCGUUCAUCCUGAUCAUGCAGGGGUCAGGCUGCCGACAGAAGAACACAGAGGAAAGGUCUGCUAACACAUGCUGUAUUAGCAAUGCAUUGCAGAGUUUGCACGACUGUAUACAAGAGGACAAAAUCUGUAGUAAAUGCAUGUAGCAGCACUGCAUCAGACCUGCUAUGGUGUCUACUACCUUGAUCUUAUUUAUGAUGUCCUACAAGCUCAAACUUUAUCUUGACGGUGGGUCAGCUGCAUAUGCUUGAUUGAUGGACACUUUCCAGUUGCACUCUUGUAUUUGCCACAUUGCUCUUCAUCGGCCACAUGUAAUUAAGGAUCAUUUUGCCAUUCGCAAUUUCUGCUUUGUUCAU